GGGUCCUCUUGGUGCGUUUAUUCUUCUUCCUGCUCUAGGGAGGAAGCGGAAGCCACUGGCGGAGACACAGUGGUCCUGCUUGGCGCCGCGCCUUGACGCCGAGGUCACCAGGGGCCGCUCUCAGCUUGCUGGCUGCUGCCCGGCUGCAGUACUUUCCUCCGAUCUUUGCCGCGGCUUCCCCUUCCGGCCAGCAGAGGCUGCGGGAUGGCGGCUGGAGCGAGCGGGGAGCAGAGCAGCACCAGGGAGAAGCUGCUGGCUGCCUUGGACGAUCUGGAGUUGCUGGCCAGAGAACUGAUUGAAGUUUUGGCAAUUUCAAGAAAUCAGAAGCUAGCACAACCUGGGGAAGAGAGCCAGAUCCUGGAAUUGUUAAUUCAUCGGGAUAAAGAGUUCCAAGAAUUGAUGAAACUAGCUCUUGAUCAAGGGAAAAUCCACCAUGAAAUGCAGGUAUUGGAAAAAGUUGUAGAGAAAAGAGACAAUGAUAUUCAGCAGCUUCAAAAACAACUGAAAGAAGCAGAGCAUAUUCUGGCUACAGCUGUUUAUCAAGCAAAAGAAAAACUGAAAUCAAUAGAAAAGGCAAGAAAAGGUGCUAUUUCGUCUGAAGAAAUAAUUAAAUAUGCUCAUAGAAUUAGUGCCAGCAAUGCUGUUUGUGCUCCUCUAACUUGGGUGCCAGGGGAUCCUCGAAGACCAUAUCCAACUGAUUUGGAGAUGAGGAGUGGUCUUUUGGGUCAGAUGAACAAUCCUUCAGCAAAUGGAGUUAAUGGACACUUACCAGGAGAUGCACUUGCAGCCGGCAGAUUGCCAGAUGUACUUGCACCACAAUAUCCCUGGCAAUCAAGUGACAUAUCAAUGAACAUGCUUCCUCCUAAUCACAGCAAUGACUUUAUGUUAGAACCUCCUGGACAUAAUAAGGAGAAUGAGGAUGAUGUAGAGGUUAUGUCAACAGAUUCCUCAAGUAGCAGUAGUGACUCCGAUUAGGGCCUGCAUCUGAAUCACUUGAUCAUACCAGCGAAUACACAUUCUGCAUUCCAGAUGGAGGAUGAGGUACCAAGGAGGAAACUUAAAAAUUCAUGAAAAUCAUUCUCUUGUAUUUGAUGAAUAUGACUUUGUCCCAGAAUUUCAGAUAAUUGUUGAAAUAGGGUGAUGGUAGCCACUGGAAAUACGUUAUGCUCUGACAUAAUUUAUUUUGGUAUGUGUUUACUCAUAAAAAUGUUUUUGCACUAAAUAAAUAUCUAUGAAAUUGCAA